UUUGAUGUGUUGAGAAUGACAAUGGAAAAGAUUGUGUUUUAUGAAGACAGGAAGUUCCAGGGCAGGUCCUAUGAAUGCAAGGGUGACUCCAGUGACCUGCAUUCUUAUUUUAGCCGUUGCAACUCUGUAAAGGUGGAGGGUGGUUGGUGGGUCCUUUAUGAGCGGCCAAACUAUAUGGGUUAUCAGUAUAUCCUGGCACCUGGAGAGUACCCAGACUACCAGCACUGGAUGGGCUUUAACGACUGUGUCAGGUCUUGUCGUCUAAUCAAAAACGUCAAUGGACCAUACAAACUAAAACUGUUUGAGAGGCCCAACUUCGAAGGUCAGUCAUGGGAGAUUACUGAGAACACCCCUUCUGUUCAUGAACACUUCCACAGCAAAGAGUUUCAUUCCUGCAAGGUCACUGAUGGUACCUGGGUAUUCUUUGAGCAUCCAAACUACCGUGGGCGACAGUACCUGCUGGAGAAGGGAGAGUACAGACGGUAUACUGAAUGGGGAGCCAUGCAUCCAACAGUGAGUUCCAUCCGUCAUGUUAAGUGGGAGCAUUGA